AUGGUAUCCACUCGUCCGUACACUGUUCUCUCGCUCUCUGCGAACGCAACCGUCGACUACACUGCGUUAUCGAACGUUGCUAUUGUUUUCAAUCCAGGCGACAGUAUCAAGACCGUCACUAUCCCAGUCCUUACAUCUGGUGUACAUGCCUAUACGACCUACUUUGAAGUGUACUUGAGCUCGUCUACUGUGGGAACAUCCAUCGACGUGGCGCGUGCGAGCUCGUUUGUCGCCGUCCUUGGUUCCGUGGGCUCAUUUUCGUUUGCGAGCAACAAUUUUACGUUUUUGGAGACCGACGGGACUGUGCAUAUCCCUGUCAUGCGGACUGGUGGCGCUUGCGGGGCGGUGACGCUUGAAUACGAGCUGGAAAAUCAAGCUCUCACCACGGCAAUCGUGGGAACAAACUUUGUCCUGGAUAGCCCCGUCGUCACGUUUGCAGAUGGCCAAACCAUGGCGAAUUUGACAGUCGACAUCAUCCACACGGCAACGUACGAGUACUACAGUCUCUUCUUUGUGCUGGAAUUAGUGGCGCCAACAGAUCGAGGGCAGCUUGGUAGCGCCCCGUUGACACGCGUCAUCAUAUCCGACGCAGGGGACGCCGGCAUUUUCGAGUUUGCAGCGUCGACGACAAUAUGCCGCGAAGACAACGGCACUGCCAUCGUGUGGAUCAAUCGCACCGUGGGGAUGUCGACAUCGGCGGUGGCACCGGUGUUGCUCACUGUGGAAACGGUCGCGGGUGGAAACGCCACGGAAGGGAGCAGUCGGGCAUUCGAUUACCAGCACGCAAGCCAAGUCAUGAGCUGGGCAGACGGAGAAACCGUAAAGAGCUUCAGCAUCUCCGUUUUCAACAACGCCGUGUAUGACCCGAGACUCAAGAGCAUUUGGAUCCGUCUCACGGCAGUGUCGGGUGGCGCGACCAUCGCCGCUGGCCACGACACGACCGUCGUCUAUAUCGUUGACGACCGCGAUGCCGGCACAUUCAGUUUUGACACGUCCAAUUACACUGUGUCCGAAGGCGCAGCGUCCGUGAACCUACUCUUGAAACGUUCGGGCGAGCUGGAUCCAUUGGGCAUCAACAAUUACACCAGCGGUACCGUUACUGUGGACGUGCUGACGUACAGUGGAGUGGUCAGGCCUGGUCUAUCACUCGCCGACGACGGGUUUGAUUACGGCGUCGUGUCAGACCUUCGAUGCACCCACGUGAGUCCGUGCACAGCCGUGGCAGGCCAGCACUACACGGCGUUGCCAGUGACUACGUUGACAUUUGCCAGCGGCGAAAGUCAAAAGACAAUCUCCAUUUCGAUCCAAAACAAUGACCUGUAUGAAGCUCCCAAUCGCGUGUUCAAGGUUCUCUUGCGCAACGUCCAAGGCGGCGCCCACAUUGGCUUGGAUUACGAACACCCUAUCGAGUGGAGUCCCAGCUGGAUGACGUUGGACGCGUCACGUGCGCUCGUACCCAACUACAUCAGCGCCGUAGUGACCAUUCAAGACGACGGCGACCCUGCUGUGCUGAUCAGCAAAGCCAGCCUCUCGACCUCCGAGCUUGGACAAUCUGACACGUAUUCAAUCGUGCUGAAUGCGGCCCCCACUUCUCCAGUCGGUGUCGAACUAACAGUGGACAACCCUCAAGUGGCGUUGUCCGUGGCCCAAGUCGUGUUCACGACGGCCAACUGGAAUGUCCCACAAACCGUGGGUGUUACGGCUGUCGACGAUGCUGUGGCCCAAGGAGUCCACGUCGUGCAUGUCACCCAUGUCACGACAAGCACCGACGCCAGGUACAACGGCGGGGCACGGCAAACGGUGGGAAGCUCGGGGGUCGUCUACGGCAGCCAAGUGUACACGGAGCGUCGAGGCGACUACGAUCAAGGCAACGACCACCAUGCGUUUCCAUGGGAUGCGUCGACGUUUGGCGUGCAAACCGCGCCUUCGUCGCCCAUUUUGAACGCGUUCGUGUUGGACAAUGAUUAUGCGUCCAUUGUGGUCGUGCCAGAGCAGAUUCGACAUACUGUGAAUACACCGUCGAACUUUGUAUGUGCCAGGCAAAACGGGCACGUGGCAUCGGUGACUGUAGCCUUGUCGAGCAAGCCGACAGCGGCUGUGACGUUGACACUCGUGCCUGCCAGCACUGACGUUGUGGUAGCUCCAUGGAACGUGACACUCACUCCAUCGACUUGGCGCAGUGGAGGCAUCGUGACAGUCGCGUAUUCUGGGUCGACGUCAAGUACAACGCGUGUGGACAUUUCGAGUGCCAGCACCGACGCGUUCUACUCUGCGAAAUCCUCGGCGUUUUACGUUGAAGGGUUUCCUGCCUCUGGCAUCGCCUUGGACAAAACCACGGCAAUAUAUUAUGAAAACGGUUCCGACGACAGUGUCGUGGAUUACACCGUGAGGGUCGUGAGUGAGCCGAUGCAUUGGGAAAUUGGGUCACGUUCAAACAACUCCUCCUCCACUGCCGUCCCGUAUACGACCGUCGUGCUGCCUCUGGACGACGUCAGCGCCUCAAAAGCAUCUUCAUCGCCGUCGAUUUCGCUGGAGAAUGGUUCCAUCCUGCUCGUCGCGACCAACAGCUCCGAUAGCACCAACUCAUCGAGCAUUCAAAAAGUGUCGCUCUUGCGCUUCUCUCGCGGGUCGGGCGUUGUGGCACGCACUGGAAGCCCUCGCGUCGGCUUGGCACUGUUGCGCCUCUAUCGAUUGAUGGGAGGGGACAAUCGCGGCCUUGGUGGCGUCCAAGUCGGGGUCUUCAAUCCCCCCGCACCACCAUCGUGGAAUGAAUCGUCAUGUGAUGGUGCGUGUGUGACAUCGUUAUUGCCAGCUGCCACCUCAUUUGGUUUUGUGCAUCCGACGUCGCUCUGUGGCUCCACCGACGUCCUUCCCCAAGGCUCGUUCAACGCAACAUUGAAUGCGUACGCGUCAUCUCCUGGGUGGAUCGAUAUUGACGUGACCGCUGCUUGGAACACCAACGCGACGGACCUCACAGACAUUACCUUUGCCCUGGUCGCCUUGCAAAAGACGUCGUUUGUGUACGAGAACGUCGACGAAAUCCAGUUUGCGUCCCUGGACCACCCCAUGGAGGCCCUGCGCCCCCAUGUCCAGCUCACAGCGUCAGGGCUGGUCAACGUGGCCCGACAAGAAAUCGCGUCCCAAAGCUCCUCUGACAACGUGAAUGCAUCGCAACCGCUUGCUGGAGGCCCCACUGCACUGACUCGGGAUGCAUGGUGGGACGUUACGUGGAGUGCACCUCGAUUUAUCGAAUCCAUUGUCGUCAACAUGGUCGUUCCGAUGCCGCAGUCGUCGUCGUCCAUUCUCCUGACCUUGAUGAAAGAUGCCAACACGGUGACAAGCACGACGCUACCGGUUGUCACGACCGACUCGUUCAGUUCCGUCCAACUUGCAUGGCAUGUCCAUGGUCAAACCGGCGCCGUGGAUCCCCUGUCCAUGUAUUAUCGCCCAAACCUGACCGCGCUGGUGGAAGCCACUUCUUUCCGCAUCGACACUCAAAACGCAGCGUUUACACUACUGUCCGUUCAAGUCUUCCAAGUGCCCAUGGCGGCAUCCCGCGUUGCUAUCGGCAGCUACCUUCCUUCCCCCAGCAGCCUUCUUGCAGACGUCAACGAACUUCGCCUUGACACCGACGACCCCAUCGUAGCAGACCACCGCCCCACCAGCGCCACCAACAUCUGCCGCAACGAACUUCUCUUCACGGCAGGGCAAUGGCAAGAUGCGCAAACCGUCCAUGUGUCCGUGAUAAACAACGACGUCGCGACAGGUCCUCGCAUUGCAGGGAUUUCCCACACUUCGUUUAGCAGUGACCCCGACUACGACAGCCCCCAAGUGGGCCUCUGCGCCACGAGUGGAUGCACAUCUCCCUUGCAAACGACGAUGGCGCUGACCGUGCUCGACGACGACGAGGCGGGGGUCGUGAUGUCUACGACGACCGUCAACUUGGCCGAAGGCGCGUCGGUAUACCCUGGAGGCCCCAUUCCAACCACCGUCGGGCGAUGGCAACCGUCCAAUCCAAUAUGGUGCAGUUGGAACGCUCAAACUCAGGAGAACACGACGUGUGUGGGCGUGUUUCAAGGCACCCCGUACAUGACCUGCUUGGUCCCAUCGGCUCCGCUCUUUGCGAAUGGGUCGGCGUGGCUACUCGUGCCAGUGACGCCCCCACAGCCCACAUUUCGCCUUCGCGAAGUGCACGUUGAGCUACCAGUGGCGUCGGUGCGAGCCGUGAAAACGAUAAGUCUCUGGACAAGUGACCAGUCGUUGACUCGAAAUGCUUCGACGUGGACGUUCGUAGGCCGCCAAACCACCCAAUUUGGGGCUUCGGCGGUUGGGUUUAUGGACUUGAACGAGGCAAUGAUCUUGUCAUACCUUGCCGUGCACAUCGAAGCGUCUUACGAUGUCACGACCCAUUGUGUGGACGUGUCGUCCAUUGAAUUAUGGGGCGACGUAGUGCGUGAAGGCGGAUCUGUUGACAUCACCCGAUUAUCCAAGACUCAUGCGAGUGGUGCACUUGCUUCCGUCUCCGUUCGACUGCUGAGUGAGCCGUUGGCCGAAGUUGUGUUCUCACCGGUUUUGAUGUCGACCUAUCUCGUUGGCUUUGACGGUCGAAAUGGGUCCCAGAACGCUGCCUCCCUUCAUCAAGUCACUGGUGGCGUCUACGGCUACGCUUCGUACAGCGCCAUGCUUCCCACCGCGCUUCACUUCAAUGCGUCCAAUUGGAAUCAAGCGCAGUACCUUGUGCUCGCUGCCGUGGACGACAAUGUCGGCGUCGGCAACCGGACUGCCACCUGCACCUACACGACUUGGAGCGCGGACACGGCUGCCACGUUCCACGAGUCGGCAGUGUCUCCUUCAGUGGCCAUUCAAUCCACGACCACCCUACCACAAGCUUACCAGUACAACGUCACCACUUUCGUCGUGUCAGACACCCUCGCCCGUGACCCCACCUGGCCGUACCAUGUCACCCCUACCCAAACUCCUUCCACCGGCUCGAUCACAAUGACGGCGACGAUCACCGAAGACGACUCCCCAGGGUUUACUGUCUCCCCCGCGCCUCUAGAAGUGAUUGAAAAGAGCUCGCAGGACUUGAAUUUUUCUGUCGUGUUGGACUCACAGCCCACGGCGUCCGUGACCGUGCAGCUGUCGGUGGGGCUGCUGGUUCCUUCCGCCCAACCAGGCCUCGUGUCGAUGCAGCCGUCGUCUCUCACUUUUACUCCCGAGUUGUGGUUUGUACCUCAAUACGUGUUCGUGACAGUGCCGUACAAAGCCGGCUUCGAAGGCAACGAGUCGUCCACGGUACGCUACGCCCCCACCGUGCCAAAAAAACACUCGGAGCUCAUCGUGCAAUUCGCGGCGACGAGUGGCGACCCCGCGUACCACGGGCGGAACGUCGGCACCAACGAUGCGUCGUCCGUCGCGUUUCGCGCCCACGGAAUCCCGCUGAUCGUCGACGACAUUGACACUGGAUGUGCCCACGGAUACGAAUACACGUGUGCCAACGACCAGCCGUGCACCUCCCUAGACCCUCUCUACGGCAAUCGCUGCAACUGCUCUGGCAUUUACGGCAUGCGAGAUUGCACCGGAACGUGCUCGAGCGAUUCCGACUGCUCAUUCAGCCGCAUCGAGGUGAUCUUGUCGUGCCAAGCAGCGGCAUCGUCCAUGUCGACUGCCUCCUGCGUCUUGCCGUCGUCGUUUUCGCCGUUUGAGUUCGUGUCGGCGGUGCAUAUGGCCCUGAUGUCGCUGGAAUUCACCUCCGCCGACGGCACGGCCUACCCCAAGCAGCCCAACCGCGCUGCGUUAGACACGAGCCUCUACAUCGUUCGCGUCGAUCCAGUACCCGGCAUCCCGUCGAUGCGGGUCGUACUCGACGUGGCCGACACCGCGCCCGCCUUUCCCGCCGCCUCCAAACUACAAGCUCUGUUCAAGAAUGGCUUCAUGUCACAAGCCCCAAUCUUCGCCACGUCGUUGGUUCGCGUGUCCGUGAUGCCCCGCGCGGCCAGUGCGUCCAUUGUGCUGUGGGUGUUUGUGGGGCUGGUGUCUGUGGGUGCCGCCGUGGGCACCAUGUUGACCCUUCGCAAACGACAGGUCAACGUUCCGCUGCUAGUGGCGCCGCACGACAACGUGCAUGACCUCAUUCACGACACGCUGCCGCUGGUCCGAUGA